CUUGGGACAGAGGGAAUGAGGCUGCACAGGAGUCCGCCAUCAUCCUGGUGCGGGGGGAGCCUAUGCAGGAAGGCAGGAAGUCUCUUCGGCACAAACCAGUUAAGGCGAAGGGCUCUUACCUGGCUCGACUGCUGGGGGUGGGGUGGGAGGUCACCCCUGCUGAUUGGCCAGGCAGCCACGGAGCUUUGUGAGGUCACUAGGCUCUCAGGUCAGGCAGCGCCGGGAGUAUGGUUGAGAUGCUACCAACUGCCAUUCUGCUGGUCUUGGCAGUGUCCGUGGUUGCUAAAGAUAACGCCACGUGUGAUGGCCCCUGUGGGUUACGGUUCAGGCAGAACCCACAAGGUGGUGUCCGCAUUGUCGGCGGGAAGGCUGCACAGCAUGGGGCCUGGCCCUGGAUGGUCAGCCUCCAGAUCUUCACGUACGGCAGUCACAGGCACCACGCAUGUGGAGGCAGCUUGCUGAAUUCGCGAUGGGUGCUCACGGCUGCUCACUGCUUCGUUGGCAAAAAUAAAGUGUAUGACUGGAGACUGGUUUUCGGAGCAAAGGAAAUUACAUACGGGAACAAUAAACCAGUAAAGGCACCUCUGCAAGAGAGAUAUGUGGAGAAAAUCAUCAUUCACGAAAAAUACAACUCUGCAACAGAGGGAAACGACAUUGCCCUCGUGAAGAUCACCCCUCCCAUUUCGUGUGGGCGUUUCAUUGGGCCGGGCUGCCUGCCCCACUUUAAAGCAGGCCUCCCCAGAGGCCCCCAGAUCUGCUGGGUGGCUGGCUGGGGAUAUAUAGAAGAGAAAGCCCCCAGGCCAUCAUCUAUGCUGAUGGAGGCACGUGUGGAUCUCAUCGACCUGGACUUGUGUAACUCGACCCAGUGGUACAAUGGGCGCAUUCAGCCAACCAAUGUGUGCGCGGGGUAUCCUUUAGGCAAGAUCGACACCUGCCAGGGGGACAGUGGCGGGCCUCUCAUGUGCAAAGACAGCAAGAAAGGCGCCUACGUGGUCGUGGGAAUCACAAGCUGGGGGGUAGGCUGUGCCCGUGCCAAGCGCCCCGGAAUCUACACGGCCACCUGGCCCUAUCUGAACUGGAUUGCCUCCAAGAUUGGUUCUAAUGCUCUGCAUAUGAUUCAACCGGCCACCCCUCCACCCCCCACCACUAGACCGCCCCCAAUUCGACUCCCCUCCUCCCACCCUAUCUCUGCUCACCUUCCUUGGUAUUUCCAACCGCCCCCUCGACCACUUCCAUCCCGACCACCUUCAGCUCAGCCUCGACCCCCACCUCCACCCCCGCCCCCACCCCCACCUCCACCCUCACCUUUACCUCCACCCCCGCCCCCACCUCCACCCUCAUCUACCACAAAACCUCCCCAAGGACUUUCUUUUGCCAAGCGCCUACAGCAGCUCAUAGAGGCCUUGAAGGGGAAGACCUAUUCCGACGGAAAGAACUAUUAUGAUAUGGAGACCACAGAGCUCCCAGAACUGACCUCUACCUCCUGAUCUGACCCGGUUCUCAACAGACCCAGUGAGCCCUUCAGUGCUGAGAAAAAGGAAAGAUGAAAUAAAUAAAUAAACAUAUAUAUAUA